UGUUGUUGUGCGGCUCCGGCUCCGUCCGCUCGGCUCGUCUCGGUUCGUCUCGGUUCGUCUCGGUUCGUCUCGGUUCGUCUCGGCUCGGACCCGGUUCUGCUCGGACAGCGGGGAUCAGGAUGGCGGCGCCCGGUGUGAGUCGCUCCGGAGGCGGCGGCAGCGGCGGAGGCAGCGCGGGGAGCAGCCCGACCCUGGCCGCGGGGAGAGGCCUGGGGUCCGGCCCCGGGACCGGACUGGGCCCCGAGCUGGACUUCAGGUCUGGGGCUCGGAUGGAGGAGUUGAGUCGUUUGAUUCUGGAGUUGAGUAAACACGAGCAGAGAGAAUAUGACGACCAACGAGCGCUGGAGAUCCACACGGCCAAGGACUUCAUCUUCUCCAUGUUGGGGAUGGUGCAGAAGUUGGAUCAGAAGUUGCCCGUUGCGAACGAGUACCUGCUGUUGUCGGGGGGGGUGCGCGAGGGCGUCGUGGACCUGGACCUCGACGACCUCACGGUUUACGCCCGGGGCACAGACUACGACAUGGACUUCACUCUGCUGGUGCCCGCCCUCAAACUGCACGACCGGAACCAGCCCGUGACCCUGGACAUGCGCCACUCGGCCCUGGGGCACUCGUGGCUCUCGCUGCGGCUCUUCGACGAAGGAACCAUCUCCAAGUGGAAGGACUGCUGCACCGUGGUGGACCACAUCAGCGGAGCCACCAACUUCUUCUUCUCCCCCACGCUGGUGUCGUCCUGGUUCCACGGCGCCAUCGCGGGCGUGCUGUCGGAGGUGCAGAAGAAGCCUCAGAGGGGGGUGCCCCGGGUGGAGCGGGUGGAGCGCAGCGGGACCCUGAUCUCGGUGAUCCUGGGCGUGGGCAGCAGCCGGAUGCUCUACGACAUCGUGCCCGUGGUGUCCUUCAAAGGCUGGCCCGCCGUGGCGCAGUCCUGGCUCAUGGAGAACCACUUCUGGGACGGGAAGAUCACGGAGGAGGAGGUGAUCAGCGGGUUCUACCUGGUGCCCGCCUGCUCGCACAAAGGGCGCAAAGAGAACGAGUGGCGCCUGUCGUUCGCCCGCAGCGAGGUGCAGCUGAAGAAGUGCAUCUCGCCGUCGCUCAUGCAGGCGUACCAGGCCUGCAAGGCCCUCAUCAUCAAACUGCUGUCCCGCCCUAAAGCCGUGAGCCCGUACCACCUGCGCAGCGCCAUGCUGUGGGCGUGCGACCGCCUGCCCGCCUCCUACCUGUGCCAGGACGAUAGCUCCGCCCACUUCCUCUUGGGGCUGAUCGACGACCUGCAGCACUGCCUGGUCAACAAGACGUGUCCGAACUACUUCAUCCCUCAGUGUAACAUGUUCGAGCACCUGUCGGACGAGGCGGCGCUGCUCCACGCCCGCCGCCUCUGCUCCGUGCGCUCCGACCCCGCCGAGCACCUGCGCACCGCCAUCGAGCACGCCGCCGCCAUCGAGCACGCCAGGGCCGCCUACAGGCUGACGCUGGAGCUGCAGUGGCGCGGGAGCUCCGCCUCCCUCCCCUCGCCGCAGUCCGACGCCGGCGGCGACUCUCAGCCCGACGACCGACUGGCCAAAAAGCUGCAGCAGCUCGUCACCGAAAACCCCGGGAAAUCCAUCUCCGUGUUCAUCAACCCCGACGACGUCACCCGGCCGCACUUUCGCAUCGAUGAUAAAUUCUUCUGAAACUCAAACUCUUGAAACGACGAUCACACGAGCUGGAGGCGCUCAGAGUCUGGACUUUAACGGAAAUGAUCCUCUGACGUUCUCACGUUCUCACGUUCUGAUUUCUGAUGUUCUGAUGUUCUGAUGUUCUGAUGUUCUGAUGUGGUUUCCUGGUCACACUCAGACCUGGACCCGUAUUUUUUUUUGUUUCAUUCACAUGUUUCACACACAAACCUGCACUUUUAGCUCGAGCUGGAGGCACAAUGGAGACAGACGAAUAAUAAAGUUUUACUCAAACAUGUGAAUGAAACAAACGCGACUGCAGCUCUGUGUGACGAGGAACAGUAGAACAUUAGAACAUUAGAACAUUAGAACAUUAGAACAUUAGAAACACUAAAACACUAGAACGUGGAUUAAAGAGUCAGUUUGUGACAGAGGAGUUUUAAAAUGAAAACAGACAAAUGGGUCGGCCGCGUUUUCAGUUUAUAAGAACUCCAAAUCCAGAUUCUGGGUCUAAUUGAUUUCAGCUCGAGUUGAUGUUUUGGUUUUUUUUAGCAGAUUUUUCUCCUCACCACAGAAUCCUUCAAACAGAAGCCUUUACUGCAGUCUGCCCGAGAGACGGACUUUAGCUCACAGAAACACCACACCCGACGCACGGGGGGAGGGGCACCCGACACAGACCUCAGACCUGGAACUUUCCGUGAGCUAAAGUGACUGUUCUCUCUCUAAGACCCGCCCACAGAAGCCUUUACCCUCCAAUCAGGUGCCAGACUCCGCCCACAAACACAAUCCUAUUGGCUGAGCUCCCGUCGCAUCAGCACAUGAGAAUCACUCGACUUUAACCCGAGCGGAGACGGGUGAGACGGGUGAGACGGGUGAGACGGGUGAGACGGGUGAGACGGGUGAGAAAAUUGAAUUUGUCGACUGGUCAAAAGUUUCUUUGCUCUAAGACGUUUCUCAGGUGUUUCUUCAGUUGUGUUCAGAUGCUGGUGCCUUGUAUCUGCCUGCAGGGGGCGCUCUACACCCACACAAACACACACACGUUUACAGCUUGUGUUUGUAUCUCGGCCUGUUCGUCUGCUCUGAGUGUGGGAUCAAUAUUAACAGAAUCAUUCAGGCCCAUGAUGAGGGUUUCACUUAUCCAGUCUGUCGCCCCCUAGUGCCUCUGCUCAGUCUCAUUUCUCUCCAGCUCUAAGUCAGGAAUCAAAAAACACUCGACGAUUUAGAGAAGCCCAAAAGUUGUAGACGGCACAUUUUACCAAUCCACUGUGAGCUGUGAAGCGCGACAAAGCGUCGAGACGGAUGUAGACGAACACAAACAUUCUGUGUUCCAAUCCAGUCCACUUCAUUUAUAUCGCACUUUUCACAAACAGUUUCCAAAGUUCUGCACAAAUACAGAAUAAUAAAAUGAUAAAAUAAACUACUAAAAUAAUCAAUAAUUAGUGACGGGCAAAUGAGUCGGAGCUCUGGAGCUCGUCUCGUUCUUUCUGAAGCUCUGCCUCGGAGCUCGUCUCACAGCAGCCGCUCACGUGACCGAAGUGUGGAAGUGUGGGUCCCUCCCCCGACUGCGCUUCGCUCUAACCCUGCGCAUCGAAGCGUUUCAUUGGCUCGGCGAAUGUUCCGCUCUGUGAUUGGUUCAGAGUGUUCGGUGCACUUCUGUGGUUUGACGAGCGCUAAACUGCUACAGUAUAAAAGAUGCACCAAUAUUUCUUAAAAAUGUUGGUAGUGAGGAGUGUUGUGUGACGUUAGCGGUGAUUUUGCCGACUUUUUGCAUUUGUUUCAUUUUCGACGAGUUCUUUUUUCUACAAGUAGAAAAAAUCAAUCCAUGGUUUGGGAUCAUUUUGAUCUAAUUCCACCUAACAAGGUAACACCUACUUUCGUAUUUACAGCAUGUUCUUUAUGUUGCUCUUUACAUAUUUUAAAUGAUCAUUAUUAUUGUUGUUGUUAGUUCGGUGUCGCUCUUCACACAACUAUUGUCUUACACUAACAAUACUUCAUCGAUGCUGAGACACCUGCAUCGUGCCAGUGGUUAAAUUUGUCCACUAGAGGUCAGUGUUUCUCCAAGGCCUCAGACACGUCCAACCAUUUGAGACGAUAUUGUGACUGAGGUGUCGAUGCUUCACGAGGCUCCACUCGCUCGUCACUAUCAAUAAAAAUAACCAGUCGAAUAAAAUAAGAGCAAAAUCCUAGAAGAGCAAUAAAUAAAACCAAUAAAAAUACAUAAAAAAUAAAUAAGAAACACAGAGGAUCACACAACUCACGCGGUGUUAAAAACCGGAGAAUAAAAGUGGGUUUUAAGACGAGACUUAAAACUCUCCACAGUGGGCGCUGUUGGGACGUGGAGGGGCAGAGCGUUCCAGACUGUUCCAGAGCGUUCCAGAGCGUUCCAGAGCGUUCCAGAGCGUUCCAGAGCGUUCCAGAGCGUUCCAGAGCGUUCCAGA